UAUUUUUUCUUUAUUGUAGAGUUGUUUUAACAUAAACAAAAAUUAAUUUUCAUGAUUGGAAUGCAAUAUUCCCAAUCCAUUUGGCAGAACGUCCUCGGAAAGCACAAAAUUACAAGCACGAAAUGAGUCAUGGAAUGCAGGGACCGCAUCUGCAUCGCCCUACAAACGACAUCUUUCGCGGCGAUCCAUUCAAAAUUCAAUCGUACAAAUUUCGCUAUGCCGAUCGACCUGUCUACCCAGUACAGCACUAUCAGCGGCCCGAGCCACAGCCGCUGCCCAGCCGACCGCAACAGUUCGAGACAUUCUACCGCAAUCCCAAGUUUUCCAGCGAUCCCGAGCACGCUCCAGCGACGCCGAGCGCCAGUUGGACCCCGCAGAACACCACGCCCUUCGUGGAGAACAGGCGUCGCAAGUUCUUGCGCGACUUCCAGUCCGUUCUCACCGCACCGAGUCGACGAACCUUCUCUGGUGCAGGCCAGCCGGAGGGCGUGCAGCACCAGCGUAGUGUCUCAAUGGUCCCCCAGCCACGACGCCCCAUAGAAGUGACGAACUCCCCACUGCUGCAGACGUGCUGCAAUCGUGACGACUAUCAGACGAUAGUUCGGGGACAGAGCGCCACGUCCCUGUUGCGGAACUGCAGCACUAAUGUGCUGAGGCCUGACGCACCUAGGAGCGCCUCCAUGGCUACAUUUGACAAGAGGGAAAGGGAGUGGAAACAAUCGGUUGUCAACAGAACCAGUUCCAACAUCCAGCUGCUGCCCAAGCGAAGCGCCUGCAGUGGCUGCGAAAUCAACAUCAACAUCGGUUCCCUAGACUCGGAAUCGGAGGCGGACAACAAUUUGAGAAUCAAGAUUGAGACGGACACCUGUCUGCUGAACAACACGGACAGGGCGAAGCAGACGGAGAGACACCAGCGAUCAAGCAGUGCCAGCCGAUCCACGCAGACCUUCGGCAUAGACAAGCGUUUGUCCAAGUUCUGUGUGGCAGACAACAAGGCCCGGAGAAGCUCGGAGCAGGAUGCCCAGCAACGGGAGAGGGAGCUGGAGCUGAAAAUGGAGCGAGAACGCGCCAGGCAGCGGGAGAGGGUGCGCGAAAAUCUGCGCCAGCAGGAGAGGCAAAGGGAUAACGAGCGCCUCCUCGAACUCGAGGUGGAGAGGGAGAAAGACCGCCUCAGAGAGCUGGAAAGAGAGUCCCAGCGACGGAAGGAGUACCACGAGUACCAAGAGUACCAAGUGUACCAAGAAUACCAGGAACAGCUGCGAUGGGAACAGGAACAGGAACAGCAGAAGAGGCAGGAAGUACCGAUGCGUGCCAUGCCCAUAUCCCCCGUGAUGAUGACCUCUCACUUGUACAGGCGCACCUCCAACGAUCGACUGCCCGGCAUGGUACACUUCUGUGACCGCCCGCCUGCCGCGGCCAGUAAGCGGGCCAAGCGCCUGCAGAGCUGCUCCAAGAAUCUAACCUCGCUGAGGGGCCUAAAGAAGACCACAGCUCCUGUGGAGACUGCGCCUCCUCUCGCGCCUCUCGCCCCAACGUUCACUACAACUCCUCCUACUGUCAGACCUCCAAGGAGUCUAGAGCGGACCAGUUCGGGCACGUCGAAUGGCAACGUCUAUGUGACGGUGAGCACAAAUGGUAGCAGCUCCAGCCUGCGUCGGCCAUCGGCCACAGUACUGAGCGAGCAGAAGCAGCUGAAUGGCAGCGCCGGAACCCAUGCCCCCAAUACCCCCAUUCUCACAAGGCUCAAUAAUAUACCCAUUAGGAUAACAACAUCGCGUCCCGGAGACAGGGACCUGGAGUUCUCUAUGAACCAAGUGCGGCUACGAAAUAAUUCACCCAUGCCGGGUGUGGCUCCAAGGCUGAGCACAAGUCGGAUGCGACAGGGGACGACAGACGACUGCUCCUCCGUACACUCCUUGAAUGUGAAUAUCAACGUCUAUGCGGACACCACCUCGCGUAGGAUGCGUAUGUAGAGGUAGAGCUUACACCUAGGUAGGCUCAAUAUCAGGAAAAUUCUGGAACCCUGCCCCUCAGGCAGGUGAAUUCGUAACGGGAAUGUGUUUCAGAAUUGGUCUGAUGUUGAACCCACCCAUUAGUCUCUCCCAGAUGCGGCACUCGUGUUAAGCUGACUUCAAGUUCUCGGACUUUUGUUUUAAAUUGGGUAUAAAAUGCAUAUAAAAUUAAUUAAAAAAAGUGUAAGUUGCUA